UUCUGUUUCUGUCUGUGCAGACUUGUGCACAGACAGCUGUGUUGUCUCAACUGUGUCUCCGUGUUGUGCGGUAAAUAACUUGUAUAUAAAUAAAUAUUGGAAAAAAUCUAUAAAAUGUAUCAAUUAAAAACUGUGGUUGUGUGUUUAGUGUGAUAAAUCGAAUAAAAAUAUUUUUGAUACAGACCUGGAUUAUCAGGAGCAAUUUCAGGAUGCAUUGACCUCCCACAAAUGCUGCGAUGGGUAAAUUGAGUUGAUGCGAGUCCCGCGAAGAUGACGGGUGCAAGUACAGGUGCUACCUCCACGGGUGGGGGCGAUGCCUCCACCAGCCAUUGCAAGGGCCAUCGCCGACAGGAGUCCAUGUAUGCCAUGACAGGACUUUACUCGGAAAGUGUUCCUGAAGACAAUGGUACAGCUGACACAAAAUGUUCGACAACAUUUUGUCAUGACACUGUCAUAAAGUGUCACAGUCGUAACCCUUCAGCUGGUUUUGAUAGAGAUAAAGCCGCACAUGCCACGACAUACUCUGAUCCACCACCUGUGAUAUUAAGGGAUACAAAAGAAUGCGGAAUCCUUAAGUGCCGACCCUCUUUUAUUCAAAAAUAUGCAGGAAUUAAGUGUUUUGUUUUUCUUUUAUCAUUCCUCGUUACGUUACAACAAGCGUUAAGCUCCGGCUAUAUCAAUUCUGUGAUAACAACCAUUGAAAAGCGUUUUGAGAUUCCAUCGAGUCUUUCAGGAUUAAUUGCGUCAUCGUACGAAAUGGGCAAUGUGAUAACUGUAAUAUUUGUUAGUUAUUUGGGGAGUCGGCGACAUAUCCCGGUUUGGAUUGGGGUGGGUGCCGUUAUAAUGGGUGUUGGCUCGUUGAUUUUCAUGGUACCGCAUUUUAUCGGUGACGAAAAUGUUGGUGAAGUUGUUAUAAACAAUACAGACGAGAAUAUGUGUCGAGUUAUUUCGGUUCAUGAAGAAGAUAUGGGUUUAGGGAGGCUCUCUUCCGGUCUGUCAUCGCCACCUUUAGCCCCGAAUAACCUACGGGGGGAUAAUUGCAUUCAGGGUUCUCCGUCAACGACUGGACCAGUAUUGUUAUUUGUACUUGCACAAUUGUUACUAGGCUGUGGAGGUUCGCCAUUAUUUACAUUGGGAACAACUUACGUCGAUGAUCAUGUCAGACCCGAAAGUUCUUCUAUUUAUAUAGGCUGUAUGUACAGUAUGGCCGCGUUUGGUCCAGUGUUGGGCUUCUUACUGGGGGCAUAUUUGCUCUCGUUCCACAUGGAUUCCUUUUCGAAAAUAAUAUCGAUUGAUGCUGGUGACAGUAAGUGGGUGGGUAUGUGGUGGGGUGGGUUUCUCUUAGGAGGACUUAUGCUUAUUUUCGUAUCGAUUCCGUUUUUCUCCUUUCCUAAGGUUUUGACUCAUGAGAAAGAGAAAAUUCGGUUGACUGAAAAAGCUGCAGCUGCUGGUAGUAGCAAUGCUACAGGGGCAAAUCAACAUGCAGCAGCACCAAUGACUAAAAAUGAUUCAGGGUAUGGCAAAGACAUUAAAGAUAUUCCUCGUUCGAUGUGGCGUCUUGCGUGUAAUCCUAUUUAUAUAGUUACAUGUUUAGGAGCAUGUAUGGAGUUAAUAAUUGUAUCAGGGUUUGUUGUGUUUUUACCAAAGUAUCUCGAGACGCAGUUUAGUUUAGGAAAAAGCCAAGCGAGUGUUUUCACAGGAUCAAUUGCAAUUCCUGGUGCAUGUAUUGGAAUUUUUAUGGGAGGCUGCAUUUUAAAACGAAUGGAAUUACGACCCAAGGGCGCCGUUCAGUUCGUCCUAAUCUCGAAUAUCAUUUGUUUAAUUUGUUACGUGUUGCUGUUUUUCUUGGGUUGUGAUAAUUUAAAGAUGGCUGGGACAACAAUUCCUUAUUUCAAUAGUACUCAUGCCGAACCUUUUCAAGUGAAUUUGACAUCGUCGUGUAAUUUUGGAUGCGAGUGCAGCAUGAAUGACGUCGAACCAGUUUGCGGCAACAACGGUUUGACUUAUUUUAGCCCUUGUCAUGCCGGAUGUACUUCAACACUCAGAUCUGAUUAUACCAAUUGUGCCUGUAUUCACGGAAACAUGAGCCUGAGUGGAACAACUUCGUCCGUAAAUCUCGCAGCGAGAACAAACAGUGAAUAUGCUGAAGUUACUGUUGUUCCUGUCGCGACUGCCGGUCCUUGUAAUUCAUCCUGUCACACGAUUUAUCCAUUUUUGAUACUCCUAUUCUUUAUGACGUUCAUAGUAGCCAUAACGCAAAUGCCGCUACUUAUGAUAGUUUUAAGAUCCGUAAGCGAGGAAGAGCGCUCAUUUGCCUUAGGAAUGCAGUUUGUGAUAUUUCGCUUGUUUGGCUACAUCCCGGCUCCAAUUCUCUUCGGUAAUUUGAUCGACUCGACUUGUCUGCUUUGGAAAAGCACUUGCGGCUCAAAAGGUGGACGAUGUCUUUUAUACGACAUCGAACAAUUCCGCUAUAGAUAUGUGGGCCUUUGUGCUGGGAUUAAAAUUCUUGCCUUGGGGAUUUUUCUGGUCGAUUGGUGGCUAGUACGCCGGAGGAAACAUCUCGACGAAGCGGGCGGAAUCACCACGAAUGAAAUAGUCGGCUCGAUUAUAAGCCUAGACAAAUUGUUUGAAGAAAAGCCGCACUUUGAGGCAGGUCAUCGUAGAAAUUUGAGCUCCGUCUCGACUUACGAUUGCCCCACUUCACCAAAACAUGAAAAUGAAACGAAAAAUGAGUUACUUACAGGUACGGAUGGAAAUCCCACCCAGGAAGUUGUUGAAGAUUCAGAGCAAACCAGGCCACACACUGACUUAUCUUAAGUAACUUAUGCACUUACAUAUUUAGUGAUUCCUGCCUUAAAAACAUAUAUAGUUUUUAAACAUUUGCUAACGUAGUUUUUUUUUAACAGGCAGUUUAUUUUUUACUUUUUUUAUUUAUUAAUUACUUAAUGAUACUAGUUUUAGGAGAAAUGUGAUCUCUUGGUCAAUUUAAAUGUAAAUAAUGUUUUUAUUUGGAUGACCUAUGCAUAGAAAUUAUUUAUGACCGACAUUCCAAUUCAAUAAGUUGCUACCAGAUCUAGCUGUGUACUUAUUACACUUAGUUUUAAUUUUAUCUAUAUUUAAAUAUUGCAAUAAAACAGUGCCACAUCAUUAAAACUCUGUGUAUUUAAAUAAAGUAAUAAUCAAUUGCCCUUACGGUGAUACACACAUGUAGAAUUUGUUUAAAUUCAAUUAAAUCAUAGAGGCCUAUGUUAUAUAAAUAGUGCAAUAUAUAUCUUAAAUAAAUUUAAAGCACAUCUGUGGUUUUUUGAUACUUUGUUAUGUAAUUGAACAAAAACAAAGUCUACAAUGCUCAAGACAUUUUCUAUUUUUUUUUUUUCAAUCAUUUGUAUUGAAUUAUAACCGUUAAAGGUUUUUGUCGCUUCAAAAAAUUCUAUUUUGUCACACUGUAUCCAUUUUUAAUACAAUUUUUAAAAGGU